AUGUCACAACAGCCUACUGAAUCCAAUCAACCCAAACAACCUGAAGAGGCUAAGGAAUCAAUGUUUUUUCAACAGAAAAUGGACAUCUUCAAAAUGGACUACAAUGAAGAGUGGAGUAAGAACUUUUUGGACUACUCUCAUUUGAAGAAAUUAUUAAAAGAAGGAGUCAUUAGCAAUGCUUGGACUUCAAAAGAUGAACAAACAUUUGUCACUGCUUUGGAUGAAAAUCUCGAAAAAGUCUUUAACUUUGUUGAACAAAAAUUCCAGGAAAUCAAUGAACAGCUUGAUAUUUUACAAAAUGAAACUACCAAUCCUGAUGCAUCCUUUAAUCCUGAAGAAUUUGCUAAAAAAUUGGACCGUUUGUUAUCUGAAGCUGAAGAAUUGGAAAAAUUUCAACGUCUUAAUUUUACGGGAUUUUUAAAGAUCACAAAAAAGCAUGAUAGAAUUCAUCCUGAAUAUUCUGUUAAACCACUUUUAAAUGUUAGAUUAAAGUCCCUUCCAUUCCAUUCAGAAGAUUUCUCUCCAUUGUUAUACAAGGUUGGUGCUUUGUAUCAAUUCUUUAGAGAUAACUAUCAAGUUGAUGCUUCAUUCAAUUCCCUUUCCAAAAUGUCAUCUUUACAAGAAACCAACAAUGAAUUCCAAUCUUUUAAAUUUUGGAUUCAUCCUGAUAACUUGGUUGAAGUUAAGGCCAACAUCUUGCGUCAUCUUCCUGUUUUAAUCUACAAUUCUAAAAAUAAUGGAGAUGAUGACGACGAUGAUGACGAUGAUGAUGACGAAGAAGGUGGUCAUAAACAUAUCACUGGUGAUCAAACUAUCAAUGCCAUUUAUUUUGAUAACGAUCAUCUUGAUCUUUAUAACAACAAACUUACCAAAUUGAACAACAGUUCUACUUUGAGAAUCCGCUGGGUUGGUAAGUUGGAUGAUAAGCCAAAAAUUACUAUGGAAAGAAAACUGUUUGAUUCCAAUUCUAACUUUUUUGUUGAUGAAAAAAUUGAAUUAAGAAAAAAAUAUAUCAAUCAAUUUGUUAUCCAACAUGAAAUUCCAAAGAAAUUAAUUAAAUUGAACGAUGAAAAAAGUGUUGAAAAAUUAUUGGAUUUCAUUAAGGAAAACCAUUUGCAACCAGUUUUAAGAACUACUUAUAACCGUACUGCAUUCCAAAUUCCUGGGGAUGACAGAAUCAGAAUUACUAUUGAUUCUAAUUUGACAUUUAUCAGAGAAGAUGCAUUUGAUUCUCAAUUGCCAAUCAGAGAUCCUAAACAAUGGCAUCGUUUAGAUUUGGACAAUUCCAAGACUCCACAAAAUUUCUUGAGAAAAGGUGAAUUUGUCAAAUUCCCAUUUUCCAGUAUGGAAAUCAAGAUUAAGAAAUCAUCUGCUAAGAAUUUUAAGAAAUUGCAAUGGGUUAAUGAAUUGAUCAAUUCUUCUUAUUUGGUUAAAGAGAUUCCAAACUUUUCAAAAUUCAUUCAUGGUGUAGCUGCAUUGUUUUUGGAAGAUGAAAAAUUGGACAACAUUCCUAUGUGGUUCAAUGAGUUAGAAGGUGAUAUUGUUAACGAUUUACCUAAAUUACCACAAAAGGUUAACAGUGAAGGUAUUACUGAAUUGUCCAAUGAUGAAAACUUGUCUAAAUUCAAGUCAAUGAUACUUAACAAUAAGAAAUCAAAUUUCCAACCAAGAUCAGCCUCAUUCUCAGGGUCAUUGUUGUAUUCCAAAGGUGACAAUCCGGCUAUGGACGAUGCCAAACGUUUUGAAACCAUUGAAGAAGCCAUUGAUUCAAAUAAAUCAGCACCUACUCAACAAGAUGAUCAAGCACCACCAAGUGGGGUCACUGAUGAUCAAUCUUCUGACUUUGAUGAAGAUGAAGAAGACGAAGAUGAAGGUCCAAGUAGAAAAUCAAACCCAUUGGUUAGACUUAUUAACUUUCCAAAUCAAUUUUCUAAAUUAGCAGAUGUUGAUUCAGAAGAUGAAGAAAUUGAAUUACCAGCCGGUGUUACUAAACCAGAUCAAUGGAUCAAGAAUAUGGGUCCAAUUAAGAUUGAACCAAAAGUUUGGUUAGCUAAUGAACGUACCUUUAACAGAUGGUUACAUGUUACCACAUUGUUUUCUUCCUUAACUUUCAUCAUUUACUCUUCUACCAAAGAUUCAAACUUUGAAAUGUUGAGUACUAAUUUAGCAUAUUUCUAUUUUGCCUUGACCCUUUUCAGUGGUGUUUGGGCUUACUAUAUUUUCAUGGAAAGAAGAAAGAUCAUUUUGGAAAGAUCUGAUAAACAUUUAGAUAACUCAAUUGGCCCAUUAAUUGUUGCAUUUGGUUUACUUGUUGCGUUGAUUAUUAAUUUUGUUUUUGGAUGGAAGAACUUGGAUUUGAAAGCCAAUGAAGAAUUCUACAAAAAUAACCCAAUGCAUAAAACUGUUCAUGAGUUUGUUAUUAACCUAGUUAAUUAA